CGUGAAGCAUGUUUGAAUCAUUGAAUGGAAGACUGUGAAAUACAACUUCCCGGUUGUGACGUAAAAAGCUGUUAACUGUUAGUACAGGCUUACUGUAUUUUGCUGAGCAUACGAGCAGAGCAGUGCUAAUUUUUAAGCUGCAAGGAAACACAUUGAUGGACUGAUCACAAUCUAGGUGUAUAAAGAGAGUAUGUACUCGGUAUAUAUAUUACAUUUGUUCACACACUUGUAUAUCAUUUGAAACUGUUUGCAUCUGGAAUAGCAGAACUGUGCUGAAUGCAGUGUUAUAGAAUAGGAUGGACAUUACACCUGCAUCAUGUUUGUCGACUAAUGCGUGAAGUACUGCAGUUAAAUCUUAAAAUCACUAUUUCAGAUGACUACAGUGUUGCCAGUGAGUUUCGCUGUAACCAUGAGAGGCAACUAAAGCAGAAGGAGAAAGAAGAGAAGGCAUCAGAAGUGCCCACAGAGCUGGAGCUGUGCCUGGGCAAGGACAGCCAGGAAGUACAUGCACCAGAAAUGCCCACAGAGCUGGAGCCAGUCCAGGACAAGGGCAAGGGCAGCCAGAAACGCCAUCAUGCGAGGCAUUCGGUUGCAGCCGACAACCCUGCUCAGGAUGGAGAUCACUUCAGUGUAUCAGACAGGGACGGCUGUCCGCGUGUAUGUGUAUCAGGUGACCGUUCGUUGAAGACAGCGACCUUGACAAAGCAGCCCAAGAAGUGGCGGAGAUGCUGACGAAUAUGGACUGGGGUGACGUUGCCAUCCCACCGGAAGAGAACUGUACAGUUAUGUAGUGACGGGUACAUAUGCAGAGUUAGUUUGUGAUUUCGCGUUCCCGGUUGUCAUACUGAUUUUCUUUGUCAGUCGCCGCAUUCAGUGCAUUUGACCCAUUUCCAAAAAUACACGUACCUGUUGAGGAACCUUUUUGGGGGGAUCGGAACCAGAACAAUUUUGACAGUGAUAAUAAAUUGUAUUUAUGUACGUCUGCAUUUAGGGACAUGUUCUGUUAUAUAUCCUUUGUGCUGUUAGAUGUUAUGUGGUCCACCAUGCGCCAUGAUGAAGUUUUGUUACUAUGUACUCGGAUUCAUUACUUUUCUAUUAUGUCAAUGUGUUUGGACGUACCUUAAUUGAACAGCUGACGUCAUAUAGCAACUGGUUAGGGUAUCUGUAACAAUUGACUCCUUGAACUCGGUGUGUACAUAUUCACUGACCGCUAUAGUACUUUAUCUCAUGCAUGCAUCUAGACAAAUGCUACUAGUAUAUUGUGUUUGUAGCGAGGCAAGGCAUAGACAUUACUAGUUGCAGAUGUGGACAUAGUAUGCGAUAUAUGUACAUUUCAAUAAAACAGCUUCAGUUCAGAAAUAAUGUUGUCCUCUCCAAUUGUAUACCUGUACAGAGAGCCAGUCAUACCCUCAAGUGUCAUCAUCACAUGAGUAACCUUACAUAAAUGAAGAUAAGAAUGUGUGCUUCACUAGAUAGAUGGAUAAUUAAUGGAUGCAUAGAUGGUUUGAUUACUC